AUGAAUUUGAGCAGACCUUUAAUGCUUCAGGGACAUGAACGUUCCAUUACCCAAAUCAAAUAUAACCGUGAGGGCGAUUUGUUGUUCUCCUGCUCAAAAGAUCAAAAACCUAAUGUCUGGUGGUCCAUUAACGGCGAACGUCUUGGUACUUAUGAUGGUCACCAGGGUGCUGUGUGGUGUUUAGAUGUAGAUUGGACUACCUCUAAAUUGAUAACAGGUUCAGGUGAUAUGACAACAAAAGUAUGGGAUGUCGAACAUGGUACUGUUAUUGCUUCUAUACCUGCGAAGUCUUCAGUGCGUACCUGUAACUUCAGCUAUUCAGGUAACCAAGCUGCCUACUCCACUGAUAAGGCUAUGGGUCAAAAUUCAGAACUCUUCAUUAUUGAUGUGCGUACUGCUGACUCCAGCUUAGCUGAACAAACCCCCAUUUUGCGUUUACCCAUGUUGCAAUCGAAAAUCACUUCCAUGUUGUGGGGUCCUUUAGAUGAAACAAUUAUAACUGGUCAUGACAACGGUCAGAUUUCCAUCUGGGAUAUUCGUAAGGGACGUGAAGUUAAUUCCGUUAAUGAUCAUACUGCUGGCAUCAACGAUAUGCAAAUGUAUAAGGAUGGUACCAUGUUUGUCACCGCCUCCAAGGAUACCUCAGCCAAGCUUUUCGAUUCUGAAUCUUUGAUGUGUCUUAAGACCUACAAGACUGAACGUCCCGUAAAUUCAGCUGCUUUAAGUCCAAUUUUAGAUCAUGUUGUUUUGGGUGGUGGUCAAGAUGCUAUGGAAGUAACAACCACAUCCACAAAGGCUGGUAAAUUUGAUUCUCGUUUCUUCCACUUGAUUUACGAAGAGGAAUUCGCACGUCUUAAGGGUCAUUUUGGUCCCAUUAACAGUUUGGCUUUCCAUCCUGAUGGUAAAAGUUACGCCUCUGGCGGUGAAGAUGGUUUUGUGCGUGUGAAUACAUUUGAUAGUACAUAUUAUGAACCUCUAUUUUAAGUAGACUAACUAUUGGCGUACAUAUUUUUUCUAUUUGUAAAACCCACAAGAGUACCACAAUUUUUCCAUAAUUUAUAUAUAAAAAGAAACAAAAAAUAGUUCAAUCUUCGUCUUGUUUAAAAGCCAGAAAAAAAGGUAUUAAGCUUACGACUGGGCUGGCUAGUUUGCAAACAUUAGCAAAAUGUUUGCAAAUAAAAUUAAUAAUCAAAUAUAUGCAAGAACACGAAGAAAAGUAA